AUGUUCACGCUGGCCAGGAGUUAUGGCGCCCUCAUGCUGGAUCUGGAGCAUCGAUUCUAUGGUUCCAGUAGGCCCACUAGGGACAUCAGCACGACGAACCUGCGCUACCUGAUCUCGACGCAGGCACUGGAGGACCUGGCGUCCUUCAUCCGGCAGCAGCGCCAGGAGAACCCUCAGCUGGGCGCCGCCAAGUGGGUGGUCUUCGGCGGCUCGUACUCCGGCAACCUGGCCGCCUGGGCGCGCCUCCGCUACCCGGACAUCACCGACGGAGCCGUCGCCUCCAGCGCGCCCGUUCUGGCACAGGCCAACUUCCCAGAGUACCUGGAAGUGGUGGCUGAGAGCAUGCAGACGUUUGAUCCUAACUGCGUACCAGUGGUGGAUGCAGCCAUGAAAGAGUUCGAGGAGCUGCUGCAGAGCGACUCCGGCGUCUCCACCAUCAACGAGCUGUUCAGGCUCUGUUCGUCGCUGAACGUGUCGCGGGAGUGCGACGGGGCGGGUCUGACAAGCCUCGUCAUCAGUGGGUUCUCCCGCGCGGUACAGUACAAUGACGUCAUGGUCGGCAUAUACAGCACCGUGCAGGAGUACUGCGCCGCCCUGCGGAUGCGCCAGUGGCUGUGGCAGACGUGCACAGAGUUCGGCUACUACCAGACCACGGACUCCGCCAACCAGCCGUUCGACCACUGGAGGACUCUGCCCUACUACACUGACAUGUACACGGCGGAGAGGGUGGAGGAAGGCGUGAGGAAGGCCAACCUGCUGUACGGGGGUCGCACCCCCAACGUCACCAACGUUGCUUUCGUGAACGGCGGCCUCGACCCGUGGCACGCACUCGGAGUCCUCGACGACAUCAGCGAAUCAUCUCCACCCAUCGCCAUUGAGUACGACACUGCUGGACAUCCCACAGCUGACGGCAGCCCACGACAGGAUCGAGCAGCUGGUCGCCCAGUGGAUCAACUAGGGCCCAAGCAGCAGUGGAAAAAAGUGUUAAUACGAAUAAAGCCAGAAACAAAAAGACUGUUGUCUUAA